AACCAAAACUACACAAACUCAACCAAAAAUGUUCAAAUUCAUCGCUGUUUGCUUCUUCGCUUUGUUGGCUGUAGCCGCUGCUAACCCCGGUCUUGUAGCUCCUUUGGCUUAUACCUCACCUUUGGCUUACUCUGCUCCCUUGACUUAUGCUGCUGCUCCCGCUGUUGUUGGUCAUGCAUCCUACGUAGCUCCUUAUGCCUCCACCUACAAUGCCCACCAUGUUGCUCACUCUGCUGCCUUCCCUGCCACUUAUGCUGCUGCCCCAGUAGUUCACGCCGCCCCUGCUCAUUAUGCCACUCCCUUCGCUGCUCCUCUCUUCUUGAAGAAGUAGAUCAGAGAACUGAAUUUGAAUAAAUAAA